UAGGUGAGACUGAGGAGAUGUUUUUCACCACAAAUAUGUUAGCACCUUCAGCGUUUCUUCCUCUGCUGGCCUGUCUUUUGCCUCUGAUGUCAGCCUCGGUUGUUCAAGAUUUUAAUCACAUAGAGAGGUGCAAGGACUCCCUGUACAUGGGGACACCGCCGCGGGGGUUCACCGACACCAAGCUGAGGAGGAUCUGUCAACGGUAUGCUGACAGGCCUCGCUUUGUGACCCUGUAUGACCCCCAGAAGCGGAUUCCGGUUUACUCGGCUUAUACCUUCAAGAAAACAGAGGGAGACAGACGUGUCGACUACCCUUGGAUGUUUGAGCCACAGCUGGCAGAAGUCGAUGGCAAUGGGAACAUGCAGGCCUUCCCCACUGGCUACCUGCACAUGAAGUUUGAGGACAGCCAGGCAGUCCUGGAUGACUACUCUGACGUGGUCCUGUAUGAGAGAGGUCACCUGAACCCGGACCAGCACCAGUCCACCCCACACGACCGCGCCGCCACCUACACGCUGACCAACGUGGUGCCGGAGAUGCGCGAGUUCAACAUUGGGCCCUGGCGCGAGUACGAGGAGCGGAUCCGCGUCCGCCUCAACAACUUCUGCCGCGGCACGGCCUACAUCGUGACCGGCGUGACCACCAGAGGCAACAUGAUCCGCAGAAACAACCAGGACCGCGUGGCCAUCCCCGAAGACGUGUGGUCCGCGUACUGCUGCACGGAGUACGACCGCAACGCACCGCACGACGUGCGCAUCCACUUCCCGUCCUACGGAGUCUUGGCCAAAAACGCCAAAGAGGGCAACAGCGUGCACGAGAUGCCGGUCCAGGAACUCGAGAUCUUCCUGAAGAGUAAUUUGGAUGUUGACCAGAACCUUCAGAUAUUCUACGACAACUGCAUCUCUCCCUCACCCCUCCCUCUGUACCUCCAACACACUAUCUGAAAGCCUGAAAGGGUCAGGCUACUUACCUUUGGGUCAAUAUGGAUUUUUGUGCUAAAGAGCAUUGAAAAAAAAAUCCGAUAGGCUAUUGUCAUACCUUUCUGUUAUGUUAAUUUAUCAUUUCUCUUGCAGCUCAGUUAUUAUUUUUGGGAAAAACAGAGUUGGUUUUGCUCUUAAAACUUUUUUGGGGUUUUCUUUCAUUAUCUCUCCUUUAAAAAAAAAGAAGCUGUUUUGUUGGGAGAGGGAUUAUUAUCUAAUACUGAAGUGUGGGAGGUGAUGUAAAUUGGCUCAUUUAAUAAACUUAAUUUACAGGUCUGCAUUGUGAUUGUUAUUUAUCAUUUACUAUAAAAACAAAGUCAAUGGACAGCUUCCUUUCAUCAUACCCUUGCGCAAAUGUGAGUUUGAAUGUUGGAUCAGUUAUGAAAAUUGGAUUUGACUUUUAUGGCUAUCUGGUUUCAGUGUCUUUAAUCAUUUAUUUAAUCUACUUGUGAUACAAGUCUUUUGGAUAUAGUAAAAAAUACAUAUGGUUGCAUAAGUCGUUGCAGAGUUCUUUAGGUUUUAGACGACCGACAUGAUUUGAGAACCCUUACAAACUUCCCAUUUGAUCAUUUCAAUCAAAGACAGUGAGAAUAAUAUUUGGGUAUCCAAUAAAAAAUGUAAAAUGUUGCCUCUAUGGAUGUCAUAUCAUAAAGACCUUUCAUAAAAACAUUUUGGAUUCAAUGUGAUGCUUAUGAUAUCCUCUUUAAAAAUGUUGAGAGUGAUGUUUAAGCUCGCAAUUCCAAAGAGGAAGAUGCUUUCUGAGCUGCUAGAGGCUGGUUCAUUUUCUGAUGCAGCAGGCCUUUUUCCUGCACAUUAUAGUCGCACACUGCCAUCUAGUGACGGAGAGAAAGUGUCUCCUGUUUGCAGGGACACCAACAGAGUAUUACUGUGUAAUAUGCAAAGGCGACAUGCCACAAAAGAAAAACGCUAUGACAUUACCAUAAAUAUCAGUCAUCUAAACAAUUCUGCAAUCUAUGAUGAAUCUGCUGAAGUUAUGACGGAGAUGAUUUUGAUUAAUACAGGGCACAUCAACCAUAAGUUCUUAGACAAUGCAGGGUCUAAU